AUGGUGGCCGUCCAGGCUGUGGGCGGGGCUCAGCGGCAGCAGGAGGUGGAGCUGAAGAGGGAGAACAUGAUCUGGAUUGUGAAAAGGAUGUUUGACAGCGUGUCACAGGAAGUGCCUGGUCACAUGAUCAUGGAGGCUUUAGAGGAAACAAGUGACCUGAUACUAACCACAUUUGAGCGGGCCAGUGCUGGUAGUUUAUCAGUGGCGUUUCUUCAAACAUGUCUCAUCGCUCUGUCGUCUGACGACCUGAUGACCAAAUACAGAGCCCUGACCUCCAUGUGUCAGUCGAGGUCAGGAAGCGUCAGUAGAUCUGCACUCUGGUGUUUACUGAACGACCUCAGUCAGGUUCCUGCCACGGUUCAGGAGGGCGUGGUCUUUGGUGACAUAGACAUGGCAGUGAGCUCGUGUUUUAACAGGGUGCUGACUCCAACAGUGAACGUGGAACACGUGUUGUCAUGGCUGCAGACUGAACCCUGCCUGUUGCUAUGGUUACCAACUCUGUACCGGCUGUCUGUCAGUCAGAACGUCCGUCACAACGUUCGCUGUCACACCUGCAAGACUUUCCCCAUCAGUGGACUGAGGUAUCGGUGUCUGAAGUGUGUGAACGUUCACGUUUGUCAAAGCUGUUUCCUGAACGAACAACAGUCUAAAAAGCACAAGAGGCUCCACCCACUGAUGGAAUACUGCACACAGCCCACCUGGAGAGAGACAGUGUCCUCAUUGGUGCGAAGCGCUCGUUUCACUCUGUUACCACGGCGACUCACUCAGAGAGAGGCUGAAAGCAGGAAGUGGGAGGAGCCAGUGGAGACUCAGAACAGAGCUCCGCCCCCUUCUGCUGCCUCACCACGAUCGGUAGACACAGUUGUCCGUCACAGUCAUAGCCCCACCCCCUUAGCAGAGCCUCCUCGCUGUCGCUCAUCUAAAGGUCAACAGACGGACGAGACGCCAACAUGUCAGGAGGAGACCAAGAUGAUUGACAUCACAAACCUGCAGCAAGACAAAUGGCUGCUGGAGCAGGAAAUGUGGGCGUGGCGAAUCACCGUCCAAUCAGAGCAGAGCAUCCUGGAGGACAGGUGCUCAGAGAUGGAGGUUGCCGUGAAAACCCUGAGACAGCAGAACAUCAGCCUGGAGGGGGCUCUCACUCAGGCUUUGAACAAAAUGGAGGCUGAACAACACAUGACACACACAGAUGUCACCACGGAGACGGAUGACAUCAUGCUGACCUCCGACCAUGAGGUGGAAGAAGAGGAGGAUGAAGAGGAACUACUACUGAUAAAAGAAGAAACUCCGUCUCCCACAAUCCACUGGGGCUCGACUUCAUCACAGGAAGACUGUGAGGAGGAGGAGCCCGAAGACCAUGGACGUCUGUGUCAACCAAUAAGAGAAGAGGAAGAACCAGAGGAGAGAGGACGACAGGAAGAAGUUGACGAAGAAGAGGAUGAUGGGAAAUGUAGUCCAGAGGAUCUGAUACAGAGAACUGUCUACAGACUGAAGACUGAGCUGGAGACAGACAGACAGACAGGUUACAUGAAGUGGGCAGAGCUUGUGGAGGCAGCAGAGCAGGUGGGAGGAGCUGUCCACUUUCUUGUGGACACAGUGAUGAACACAUACUGAGCAAGUGAGUGUUAGAGGCCACGCCCACAACUGUGUGUAUUGGAGCGUUAAUGAAAGAUUAUGUCAAUAAAGUUUAAAAUAGUUUGAUGACAUCAUCACA